AUGAAUGAUUACACAAUAAAGAGACAAAAAUCUAUUCAAUAUCUUGGAAUAGUUAUAGAUGAAUGCCUUACUUGGCUCCCACAUCUAGAUUAUAUCAAAUCUAAAGUAUGCAAAAUAAUGAAUAAUCUCCUAAGAUUACCUGGGCUGCCCAAACCCGUUCUGAAAGAACUUUAUAAACGUGCAAUAGAACGCACCAUAGUUUAUGCGUGUCCAGCAUGGUGGUACCCACCCACGGUGAAAAUGAGAAACAAAACAAACUCUAUACAACGCAUAGCCCUUCUUACGAUGACAAAAUGCUAUAAGACUGCCUCUACCGCAGCUCUCCAAGUGAUAGCCGGAAUAAUGCCACUCCAUCUUAAACUGGAUAUGGAAAGCAUUAUCCAACGUUCAAAACGAGGUUGGACUGAUUUCAAAUUCGAGGACUUAGAAUUUACACGGGAACAAACAGAAUUCCCAAUACAUAAAUGGCACUCUCAUCCAGCCCAUAUUCAAGUCUUCGGAUGGGACAACAAGCCUCCAAUUAAUAAAGGUUUAGAAAUCUAUACGGAUGGUUUAAAGAGCGAAGACGGUACUGGAGCGGGCUUCUGUUCCUUCAUAAAUGGUGUUUGUCAUGAACAAUUCAUGUUUCAACUGGAUAAGACUAGUACCGUGUACCAAGCCGAAACUUUGGCAUUAAAGUCGGCGUUAUUAUGGCUAAAAUCACAUCACAGUCCUGCGCAUAUAUACUCGGAUAGCCAGGCCGUUUUAAAGUCUAUAAACAAGUAUGAUAUUUGUAAUCAGAAUAUUAUUGCAAUAAAUAAAUUACUAGCAUAUACAAAAGCAAAACUUCAUUGGAUUCGAGGACACCAAGGCUCUAUCGGCGAUGAAAAGGCUGAUGAAUUAGCCAAACAAGGGAUAUACUCGAACACGCACCUAGAAUGCAAGAUUCCCAUGAGCUACAUCAUUAAGAUGACCAAGAUUAAAGUUUCCAAUAUAUGGCAAAGAAACUGGAAUAAUGAGGAAACCGGACGUCAUACUUUCAUGCUCUUACCAAACGUAUCGGAAAAACGCCACCUAAGUGAUUUCUUCCUAAAUCAAAUUAUUACGAAUCACGGAGCCUUUCCGAUUUAUAUAAACAGAUUCAACCUCAAAGAUACGACAUGCAAGUGUCAAUGUGGACAAGAAUCUGCAGACGCACUCCAUAUGAUAACUGAAUGCCCCAGUGUAUCUACAAAACGACGAGAAAUCUUCAAUCAAGUUGUGACUUUAGAAACUUUAAAACGAUUAAUAAAGAACGAUAAGGGACGUUCUUUGUUGGCAAACUUUAUGGAAUAUAUUUAUCAUAAUGAAUCUGAAUUGUACUUAUAA